AUGGCCAUUAUAGCUGUUGCUGGCGGCACGGGGGCGGUAGGCCGGACUAUUGUCGAGGGCGUCAUUGCUUACGGCGGCCACAAGAUUUUUGUUCUCUCGAGAACAAGCCGAGAACCUAAAGAUGGGGUACAAUUUCUCGCCGUUGAUUAUGAAGACGUGGAAGGAGUCAGCAAGAUCUUGCAAGAUAACCACGUUGACACCGUCAUUUCCGCCAUGGGUGUCGUCACGCCAGAGACCAAUCAGGCCCAGAUCAAUCUUGUCAAGGCAUCGAACAAGUCCAGCUCGACGCGCCGCUUCAUCGUCAGUGCUCAAAUUUCUCAUUAUCCUCUCGCCCAGUACGCGUUUGAGGCAAUUGACGAGCUCGAAAAGACAGACAUUGAAUACACCCGCGUUGUCAACGGCUUCUUCUUGGACUACUUUGGCAUGCCCCAUUACAAGACUCACCUUCACCCCUGGGUCAACUUUGUCAACUUGGAGAAGAAGUGGGCUGUCAUUCCUGGCGACGGGUCAGCCAAGGCCAAUUUUAUUACAACCCAGGACAUGGCCAAGUACAUUGCUCGCCUAAUCGGUCUUGACAAGUGGUCCAAAGUGAGCAGCAUCGUGGCUCAGACUCACUCGAUCUCUGAAAUACUCGCACUUGCGGAGAAGACACGAGGCCCCGGUUUUAGGGUAGCUUAUGAUGACUUGGAGAAGCUCAAGUCGGGAAAGAUUUCUUUCAUUGAGGAUUUUCCGGAAUUCGAACUCAGUCGGGAAGAGUCGGAGGCCCUAUUUGCAAAGGUUCAUUACUAUGCAGGCAUUGGAAAGUUCCUUGUUCCCACUGAGGAUACUUUGAAUUCCAAGUUCCCGGAGAUAGUGCCAAAGACGGCUGCCCAAGUCUUUGAGGAGUCGUGGCAGGGUAAAUGA